UGUUCUCAAAACCCUUUAAUCUCGCAAAUUGUUCAGCCAAAUUUUUUUUUUUCAUGAAAAUUUUGCUGUAAAUAGUUGAAAUUUUGUUUACCAGAAAAUUUAAGGCUUCAGUUGGAAAUCGUGUCGUUAUCUGCGAUUCCAGCCGACUUUGCCUGUCGACGUCAGCUUUUAAAAUGUAAUUGUGAAGGACACGCAGCUGAGACCCAGCGCUCAACCAUUAAAAAGCUCCAGUCAUCUGUUGCUCCUGUUUUCAAACCCUAGCGCUCGAUCUCUCCUCUCCUCAAUUGCUAGUUGUUCGACAAAUUUCGAAGCUUUGCGCUGUUCUUAAUUCGAUUCUUAAGCGUAAUUUUGGAAUCAAAUUCAGUUUCGGGGGAAUUCGUUCCGAUGCCUUCAGGGUGUCAUAUUGGCGGGCAGAAGGGUUCUUUCCCAUUACUAUCAGUUCUAUCCUCCGCUGUCUUCGAAUGGUUACUGAUGCUACUGUUGUUUCUCAAUGCCCUUUUUUCGUUCCUCGUCACAAAAUUUGCUCGUUAUUGUGAACUACAAACUCCUUGCUUGGUGUGCUCAAGGCUGGAUCAUAUUUUUGGUGAUGGGGAACCAAGGUUCUAUUGGGGUUUAAUUUGUGGUUCUCAUAAAUCAGAGAUCUCUUCUUUGUCUCAUUGUGAUGUAAGCCAUGCUGAGGGCAAUAAAAUGUAUGAAGGACAUAAUGGAGUUAAGGUCACCUCUGACUCUGAGUCAGAAAACCCAUUUUCAGAUGAUGCUGAUGGAAAUCAUCUAGCUCAUGACCUCAAGGAAGACCAUGAAGAUCGAUGUCUAAGCUCAGAGCAUGCUGCCAUUAUACCCGAUAAUUUGUCAAUGCCUCUAUCAGAUGGUACAGCCGUGGAUAAGUUGAUUCAGCCAACUACUAGUGAGCCUGAGUCCUCUUUGCCCAUCAAAGGAGAUCAACUAGUGCAUGUUCAUGAGGCUCGCGAUGCAUCUUCUGCAUCCACUGAUGCUGUAACCAAUGACACAGACGAAACCAACUGGAACAAAAACGUAUCCCAAAAAGAUGCUUCAGAAUUUUCACAUGUGAAAUUAAAUGGUUCUAAGAAUUGCAGUGAAUCUGCUUCAACUAUUUCCACAAGUCAAAUUACGAGGGAUACUGUUCCAUCUGUCCCCAUUCAGAUGGAUCUAGAUGAUGCUUACAAGCUUGCUACCAAUAGUAAGGGAAGCUUGAGAUCCCCUACAGUUAGCGAAGUAAUCACGGGCCGUGAUUCUUCUAGAGCCUAUGAAGAUCUAAGGAUACUAAUAUCACACUUUUCUGCUGCUCGAGGGCUUGAUAGCCCCUGGAGAGAGUUGACUCCUAGUCCUAGAGUUCAGGGGCAAGGAGAUGAUUUGAAAUUUUCUGAUGCUUCUAGCUCGGUUAUAUUGCAGAACAUUACAAAGAGGCUUUCUAUUGACAGAAAUGAGUCUGGUUUUGAGUCACUUGAUGGGAGUACGGUUGGUGAAAUUGAGGGAUUAAGUCCCAUAGAUCGGUUGAAGAGACAGGUUGAGUUAGAUAGGAAGUCCAUGCAUCUUCUGUAUAAGGAAUUGGAAGAGGAGCGGAGUGCUUCAGCAGUUGCAGCGAAUCAAGCACUGGCCAUGAUUACCAGGUUACAGGAGGAAAAGGCUGCAAUACAAAUGGAGGCUUUGCAAUAUCAGAGAAUGAUGGAAGAACAAGCAGAAUAUGACCAAGAAUCGCUUCAAUACUCAAAUGAGCUGCUUGCUAAAAGAGAGAAAGAGAUACAAGAUGUUGAAGCUGAACUUCAAUGCUGCAAGAAGCGUUUUGGUAACAAAAUAGUGGUGGACAGUGUUUUGGAAACUUCUGGUGAUGCAAAGGCAACUGAAUAUGAAAGGAAGAUAUCCCGAGUUUCUGACAAGUUUGAUCAGAGAAAAUCAGAUAUUUACGGGAACCUCUUGAUUGGUUUUGAAGAUGAGAAGGCUUAUAUUUCAGACCGCUUGAAGAGGUUGGAGAGAAGACUUAAUUUGUUCUCCAACAGUGGGAUGCAGGUUGAUGUUUCUUCAGCUGGUACUGAAGAAGAUGGGUAUCUUGGUAUAUCAUACAGAGAUGAAAGUAUCGAAAAAAACCGUAGAGAAGCUUUAAUACCUUCAGAUUCUAGUAACGCUGAUGAGUAUCUAAACCGAACCUCGAGUAAUUUAGCAGCCCUUUUAAAUGAAGUUUCACGAUUAAACGAGAGGUUGAAGGAUCUAGAAGCAGAUAGUGGGUUUCUUGAAAACAUUGUUAACACACUUAGAAAUGGCUAUGAUGGGGUACAAUAUAUUCAAGAGAUUGCUUGUCACCUACAAGAAUUACGGAAAAUUGGGAUCACACUAAGAGAACAUAAUGUGGCAUGAACCUUCAUGUUCUUAUCUCACAGGUAAAAUCCCAGGUAUAAUAAUGCAGAACUUGACACCGAUUAUGACUCUGCAGCUGGAUCUUGUCACAUUUGAUAAAUUGGAGUCCAAACUGUAAAAGAAAUAAGGACCCGCGAAGAGUUGUACAGACAACAACAUGAAUUCCUAGUUACUAAAAGUUGGUUUGACGAGUGUCUUCUUCCUCCACUUUCCAUACACUUAUUAGUUUUGUUUGUUUUAUUCUUUUAGCAAUUUGUUUGCUUGUAUUUUGAUUUUCCACUGAUUUUCUAUUUUCCCUUGUGGAAUUGAGUGAUGAAGAGCAAAAGUAGCUGUAGAGCCAUUUGCUUUGUUUUGUAUACUUGCUGUGAAAGGGGUUGAUGCUUUAAUUGUAUAGCAUUUGAUUUAGCACAGUGUGUAUGAUGAUAUACCUUCCUUGAAGAUCAUGUGUGAUGAUAUACGGUAUGAAAUACUUUAUCAAGGUUUUUA